GCGAACACGACCGCUCCAAGAACGACGGCACCGAGGUGGAGGUCACCGUAGAGAAGAUCUUCGUCUCGCCCAAGUGGAACUCGGCAAAGAUCGACGGCGACGCCGCCCUCCUCAAGCUGAGCCGCAAGUUGGACUUCAGCGGAGCGGAGGCCCACCUGGGCACCGCCUGCCUCCCGGACGCCGAGGACCUCGACCGACUGCCCUCCGCCAACAUCGACUGCAUUGCCACCGGGUGGGGCAACACCGCCUGGCAAGGCACCAGCCCGAACAUCCUCCAGAAGGUGGGCGUCAAGGUGUGGAAGCAGGCGGAGUGCACCAGCCGCUACGCCGCCGUCCACCCCAUCACCUCGAACAUGCUCUGCUUUGGCGAGAACAAGAAGGGCACCUGCCAGGGUGACUCUGGCGGCCCACUGAACUGCCGCAUCGGCAACCUCUGGUACAACUACGGCGCCACCAGCUUCGGCGUCCAGUGCGCCGGCCCCACCUACCCCUCGGUGACCGGGCGCAUCAGCGAGUUCAGCAACUGGAUCUGGGGCGUGGUCGAUGCCAACUCCAACUGA